AUGCCAGUAGACUUUGUUCCAAAGCACCCACGCGAUAACGCUAAAGGCUCCGUUGAGCGCUCAUGCAGAAUUUGUGGCAAGCGCCGUGGUGUUAUCCGCCAAUACCGCUUAAACAUUUGCCGCAGAUGCUUCCGCGAACGCGCUGAACUUCUUGGCUUCAAGAAGUACGAUUAA